AUGAGUCGGGAAUGUGCCGCUUGUGACCGCAACCUCCCUCAAUCAUCCUACAAGGCCAACCAGUACGCCAAGGGUCCCGGCGUAUCGCGAUGCAAGCAAUGCGUCCACGGCCAUUAUUCCGACAACCCAUCCACAAGGCAUUCCGACGCCGGCAGAUUCAACAACUCCUUCCGAGCUCACAUCCCAAACUCGGCCCUAGAGCAGCCAUUUGCAGAGGGUGCUUUUCGCCGAGUGGCCAGAGGGACGUACACUUCAGGCCCUCGUCAAGGACAGGCAUGUGUUGUCAAGUGGUUCAAGCGUGGCGCUGUCUUCUCGAAAGAUUAUUUCCAUCUCGACAUCAAGGCUGUAGACAAGGCCCUGGAGUUUGUCAACGGGUUCAAUGAUCUGGGCAUCAUCAACAAAACCGUCAAAAUCAAUGUACCUUCAGUGUGGCAAUUCGACGACGACAAUGACAACGAGUGGGCAGGCCAGAGCGUUCUAUGCGAGCCAUUUAUCCAAAACUACCAAAAGUUCAACAGCAAUAGCGGAUGGACCGAUGAGACUAGGGUAUGGGGGGAAGUCAUGCAGGCCCUCAGCCACUUUAGCUACCAUGUGUCCGGCGGCUAUUAUGUUCUGUGCGACCUCCAAGGCGGCAUCUACCGGCAUCAGAUGGUCCUCUCUGACCCUGUUAUCCUGUCUCGGCAUCGUCAAUACGGCGUGACAGAUCUUGGCCCCAAGGGCAUCAGCUCGUUUUUCGCCCAGCAUGUCUGCAACGACUUCUGUCGCCCGCACUGGACGCAGCCUGCCAACCCGCAGCAACACUUCCGCCCGAUCCCGGGCACCAGUAUGAUGCGACGAACAGUGCCGACCGAACACUCACGGCCCCUUCGUACAAGGUUCCCCGACAGGUAG